CUGGGAGAUCCAAAGUAAGGGUGACAACCAACAGAAUGAAAUACACGUGCAGAGGAAAAAUUCGCACCCUUCCCCUCUUGGAAGAUUUGAGAAAAAAGAAAAUCCCAUUUGAGAGGAAGGGCUAGAACGACCCACCAUUAGCAGAAGUGGCAGCCAAAAGCUUUGCUCACUUGUUCAGUAGUGUGCACUGUGGUGUGUAGGAAUGACAAGCAAAUUCAAGGGUGCGUUACAGGAACUGUCUUUUACCUAAAACAAUGUGUUGAUUGAUUGAACAAGUCAAAAUGUGUUACGAAAUUUGGGAUCGAUGGACGCAUCAUUUUUUUAGCCUACCUGCCAUUUCCAUCGACAUAUACUUGAAGUGAAUUGAAUCUUUAGACAACGUUCUUGCAGACCAAUCAGGUCGUGGCUCAGACAGUGCGUCUUAAAACUAUGCGAUUUUUGUUAGUCUCUACAUUCGGUGAAUAAAGAAUACAUCUAAUCAUUAUUUCAAAUUGAAGUUCUGACUAGGUCUCACGUUGAUAACACAAGGUUUCCUUGGUAACUUUUCCUAACAUUCCUAGCAUUCAUCGUUAUGCAUCCGCUCUACAUUAUUGGCAGUUGUGCGACAUUAUUUGAAUAGCAUUGUAUUUCCUGACAGAUGUCAACUGUGACCUGUACAUGUCCCAUACAUCAUCUGCUAAAAAGAAUGACCAGUUCCAAUGUCGUGUUGUUGCAUAGCUGCAGCUCUUGGACAGUUGACGUACGCCAACUCCGAGCGAUCAAACUGAGUGAAGACAUUAUCUGUUACUUGGUUGGCCACUGGACGUCAUUCAAUUGAACAUUUAAACAAAAAGCACUUGAAAUAUGCUAGCCAAUCUUGGCGUCGUUUGGGCAGAGGCUACUAUACUCUAACUAAAACUAUAAAAGCCAGGGGCCGGGAUGUGCGAGUUACCCAGCCACAACUACGGAUUUAAUGGCGCUCGUUUAACGUUUGUCGUCUUUCACAACCCUCCUUUCUCGACGCUGAUUUUUCGUCCCGAUGGAAACUACUCGUUCACAGGAACCGGCCCAUUAUGGCAAACGUGGAUGGCCAAGAAACUCAAUUUUUCCAUUAAUUACAUGAUGCUCAAUCAAAGCACCAUCCAUCAAAGCGGAAUGUCAGAUUUCGAUUUGGCUUUUCAGCUGGUGUCUAACAAAGAGGUGGACGUCUAUUCCAACGGCGUUGUAGCCACUCCGGAACGGAAACAGAAAGUGGAUUUAACUUAUUUUAUUUGGACGGAACCGUACUCGAUGGUCGUACCUCAACCAGAAGAGCAAUCGCGAAUCUUUGCAUUCAUUUAUCCUUAUCAACCAAUGGUAUGGCUACUGAUUUUCAUCACGAUGAUUGCGGUGGUGCUCUUGAUGAGUUCACUUUCAGUCAUACACUUAAACGUUACUGACAAUGGUACACCUGCUAUACCACGACAUCGAAAAACUGCGUUUGAUUACGCAAUUGACUACACGAUGCACAUGUUGAGUUUGAUAACCAAUCAAGGAGCUUAUAUUGCUGGCGCACGUUUCAUGUCCUUACGGGUUCUUCUGGGAGUGUGGGUGUUGAUGGCCACUGUUUUGGUCAACGUUUACUCCGGUACGGUCAUCUCGUACCUGACGGUGCCCCGAACAAAACCGCCCAUCAACACAUUCGAAGAUUUGGCUGCCAAUCGAGACGUUGGCAUCAUUCUGCGUACUGAAGCAAUCAUCACGCAAUACAUCUUGGAAGCCAAAACAGGGGCGCUGAAGACAAUAGGCGAUCAAGCCCGUCGUCAUGCGGAUCGUUUCUGGACGGACCAGGAGAAACUUAGUCGUCGUUUAGCAACUGGACGUUAUGCUUAUCCUUGGAUUCAAACAUUUUGCCAAUUCUUCAUCGUCAACCAAUUCAAAAAGGAUGGCGCUUGUCGUUUUCGAAUGACCGAUCCUUUACCCUUUCAGUCUGCCUUUUUCUCGUUGGCUCUCCAGAAGGACAGCAAGUUUACGCCAGCAUUUAACAAAGCUUUGAUGGAACUCUGGGAAAGCGGACUAUUUCCUUACUGGGUGCGUAACGUUUCACCGCAGGCUCCGGAAUGUUUCGCUAAAACUAAACCACGGACGAUAUCGGCCAGAAAAAUGCCCAUUCGUUUAGCGGAUUUAAUCGGAGCUUUUUUUAUUUUCGGUAUCGGUUUCGGAUUGGCAAUCUUUGCCAUUUUCAUCGAGCAAAUUGUUUCACGCGCAAGCCGGCGGAUGGCAACGGCUAGCAAAUGCUGACCGGUCUCGUUUCAAACUUAGCUUAGACUGUUAUAACCGCCUUUCUCAUCGAACUGUGUCCGUUAGUUAAUACAUGAUUACCCAAUGUAUUGAGCAAAUGAAAAGAUUAAAUGUGUCAAUCGAUGAA